AAUUAAGAAAAAAAAAGAAUUUCUUUUUUAUGAAGAUAAAAUUAAUGAGAUUGAGCAGGAUGAUGAAAGUCGAUAGGCGUCAUCACAAACGGCAUAGGAUAUAGAUAGAGAGGACAGUUGUACCCGCUCGAACCGGAUUGACUGAGAAAGAAUUAAAAUAAAAUGAAAGCUAAUUAAUAUCAUUAAAAUUAAUAAUUUAACACUUGUUAAAAGACUCGGUCUUAAGUGAUGGAAUCAUAUUCUUCUUCUUCUUCUUCUUUUUCUAAUUAUAAAUUUGUUUCUGGGUUUCGAUAGUUGGGGUUUGGGGUUGCUUCGGAAGAAAUUUCCUUGCAAUUGUAUGCUAUAUGAAACGAUUAAAGCUAUCAAACUUCUGAAACAUCAGAAAAGUUGGGAAUCUGAUCAUGGGAGUCAAACAGUCAAGGCAUAAAAGUCACUAUGGGGCUCCAUCGUUGCCAAGCUCUUCACCCUACUCUUUCCACUCUUCAAGGUACGUUGAUUAUGAUGGCAGAAGCAAGCUGCAGUCCAUGUAUUCAAGGAUUGGUGAUGACUACCACAGCCUGGAGCAGGUGACGCGAGCUUUGGCACAAGCUGGUUUGGAAUCUUCCAAUCUUAUUGUGGGCAUUGACUUUACAAAAAGCAAUGAAUGGACUGGUGCACGGUCUUUCAAUCGGAAGAGUUUGCAUCACCUUGGUGAUACUCCGAAUCCUUAUGAACAGGCAAUUUCAAUAAUAGGGAGAACAAUGUCUGAAUUUGACGAGGAUAACCUUAUUCCUUGCUAUGGUUUUGGCGAUGCCACUACUCAUGAUCAAGAAGUUUUUAGCUUCCAUCCUGACGAUCAUCCAUGCAAUGGAUUCGAGGAAGUGCUGAGUCGUUAUAGAGACAUAAUUCCGAAUGUUAAUUUAGCGGGGCCAACUUCCUUUGCCCCAAUAAUUGAAACUGCCAUUGGAAUUGUGGACAGUAGUGGUGGUCAGUACCAUGUUCUGAUGAUCAUUGCUGAUGGGCAGGUAACAAGAAGUGUAGAUACAGGCUAUGCACAGUUAAGUCCUCAGGAGCAGAGUACCAUCAAUGCUAUUGUGAAAGCAAGUGAGUAUCCUCUGUCCAUUGUACUCGUUGGAGUUGGUGAUGGACCGUGGGAUAUGAUGCAUAAAUUCGAUGACAACAUUCCUUCUCGGACUUUUGAUAAUUUUCAGUUUGUGAAUUUUACGCAAAUUAUGUUGAAAGAUACCCCCAUGUCCAAGAAAGAGACGGAGUUUGCUCUCUCUGCAUUAAUGGAAAUUCCAUCACAAUAUAGGGCUACAAUAGGGCUUCAUCUUCUGGGCUGCCAAAGAGGUACUCCAAAGAGGUUCCCUCUCCCUCCCCCAGUUGGAAACAGACUGGUGAAUUUGUAUGCAAAGCAUAUUAGGCCAAACAGCAAUCAACAGAGAAUUGGAUUUCACAACAACCCUUCUGCUCCUGAUGUGGAUCGUUCUUCACAGAGUAGGAACUGUCCCGUGUGUUUAUGGAGCAAAAAAGAUUUUGUAUUUGGAUGUGGACAUCAGGCAUGUUUUGACUGUGGAAGAGACUUGCACUUGUGCCCCAUUUGCCAAACCUCCAUAAUCACUAGGAUAAGAUUGUAUGACUAAAUUCAUCAGACUGAGCAGCCAUUUCAGAGACUUUGACAGGGUGAAGAAUUGCUGGAGUGCCUUACUCUUAAAGUUAUGCACUGCACCUAUUUGAGAUUCUCUGGAUAUCUAUUUAGGUAUCCAAGUGAUUCUGUUUCAUUUGAUUCCUGCUUUCAGCAUUUCUAUUUGAUCAGAAAUUUUCUUGUUCAUAUGUCAUUUCUUUUGAGCAAAAAAUACAUUGUGUCAGCGAUACAAAACCUAUGCCAGGAUUCUCACCUGGGAUUUUAAGCUUUUAGAUUUAGCAGUUUUUCAACGGAUUGUUUGUAAAUUUCCAAUUUCUUUACAAGCAAUAUCUGUCCCUAUUAUAAAGCA